AUGCAGAUGCCUGGACGAGCUCAUGAAACAUUUGGACAGUCGAUGCAUCCACACGCAGCUUUUCAUCCAGACUAUUCCAGUAAUUCCAAGACUAUUCCAGUUUGCCUGUCCACUACAUCAAAACCGAGUACAGGGAAAUCAUUCACAAUCGAUGCACUGCUGGCAAGGCCUGGCCAUUUGGAGAGAGAUAGGACAAGUCUCUAUUGGAACAUAACCAAUAAACCGCCAGUCUCGAGCACUGGGAUUCCAUUUGCGGCACAACUGUACUCGCAAAUUCCACACUUUUCGUAUAACCAGGGCAUUAUGCAUUUACAAACUGAGUAUCCUGUCUUCUGCUACCCGCCUUACAACUACCAGACAACAUGUCGUGGAGCUGUGUACGCACAAGAUGCAGUACUGGCAAAAGCAGGAGUGCAUAUACACUUUAAACACAAAGCAGGAAAAUCCAAAAGAAUGCGCACUAGUUUUACUAACGAACAGCUGUCCAGACUAGAGAAAGAAUUUGCGCGCCAGCAAUAUAAGGUUGGCUCAGAGCGCUUCCUCCUGGCCUCUGCUCUCCAGCUCACUGAAGCACAGGUUAAAGUUUGGUUUCAGAACAGACGCAUCAAGUGGAGAAAACAGAGUUUUGAGCAGCAGCAAGCCAACCUAGUCAAACUUGGACUAGCGGUGCAGCCCAAAAGCCCUGGAUCUCAGGGCAGAGAGGAUGAGAGCAAAGAGGAUGAAGAGAGAGAUUUCACAGAUGAGUCUGAUGUCAACAAUGACAUUGACGAUUCACUUCAAACCUGA